GGGAGGAGCGGGGGAGGCAUUUCAAUGCAGCAAGGCAGCUGAGCGGGAGCAGAGUCCCCCAAAGAGGAGCCCUCCCCGGACACCCCUUCCCAGCUGGGGAGGCUUGGGGGGGGGCCCUGUGCAAGAGGGACACCCCUGGGGACACCCCUGCGAAAAGCAGAGCUGCUGGGCAGCCACCGUGGCGCUGUGGCACCCACCCACCCAAAACUUGCAAGGUGCCCAAUGCAUCUGCUGGGCGAUGCCAGGCAUCUCUCUCUCUCUCCUUGGCUAGGGUGUCCAUGCAGAGGUGCCAGCUGGGCACUGACUGCCCGAGAGAACCGCUUCCCAGAGCUUGAAGGAGCCCGGCAGUGGGAAGUAGCAUCUGCAGGAGCAGCAGCAGCAGAAGAAGGGCACCGGGAUGUCUGGCGAGAGCGAGGAGAUCACCCGCCUCCGCAAGCCGCGCUUCUCCUACGAGGAGAACCAGAUUCUGAUCCAGGAGGUUCGUGCCAACUACGCCAAGCUGUACGGCACCCAGAGCCGCCGGGUGACGGUGGCCGAGCGGCGGAGGGUGUGGGAGGGCAUCGCCGCCAAGAUCAACAGCAUCACCAGCUGGAAGCGGACCGGGCAGGAGGUGCAGAAGCGCUGGAAUGACUUCAAGCGCCGCACCAAAGAGAAGCUGGCGAGGGUGCCCCACUCCACGCAGGGGGCCGGCAGCGCCUGCGACGAGACCUUCUCGGCCGAGGAAGAGACCAUCUUCGCCAUCCUGGGGCCCGGCGUGAUGAUGGGGGCGGGCGGGGUGGAACCCGGCGCCUUGCAGAACACGCCGGGGUUCGCCACCCCCAGUUACCGGCUGGCGGCUGAGCAUGGCGCAGACAUGCCAGCCAGGGGGAACCUCUCCUGCAGCCCAGAGACUUCUGCACGGACUUCCUGCUGCACCCUGAAUGGGGGUCUACUGAAGCCCAAAGAACGUGACUCGCCGGCGCCCCCUUCGGCCCAGCCCGCCUCACUGCAGAUCAUCCAAAUGGCACCUUCUCCGGCCAGCUUAGGCUGCAGGCCACACCCAGAGCACUCACCUGCAGAGCCGCUGGGCAGCACCCCGUGCCCCUCUGCCUCGCCACCCCUGCGGCGCCGGCGCACCCGUCUCGACUUGCCCGCCGAGCCCCCUCUGGACUUCUUGCAGGCCCAGCGGGAGACGGCCGAGGCCGUCCGCGAGCUGACCUACACCCUGCGGCAAGGCCUGGAACGGCUCACCGACGUGGUGGCGGCUUUGCUGCCCCUCCUUCCGGCCCAGGCAAACGGCCUUCUGCCCCCGCAGGGGGAGAGCCCGAGCCCCAUGCCACCAGCCCCUUCCUCGGAGACCCCACCGCCCAGGGGCACCUUCGCCACCAAGGAGGAGCCGUCCCCAGAGAGGGGUGAGGACGAGGGGGGUCCUUUACCAGAGGAAGGCCAGCCUGUGGCCAAAAGCGGGCCGUCCCCAAGCCAGGCCCCUGCGCCCCAGAAGCGGAGGAAAGGGAUCCCCACUCGGAAACGCAGGGGGCGCUGGAAGAACUUGUGAGCGCUGCCAAGGACCUGGUGCUGACUCUGCCCCCUAUGGGGGGGGGACCACAUAGGGCAGGUGCCCAGCGAGGGGAAGGCUCCGAAUGACUUCUCUCGACGCUCUGCCCCAAAGGGAUCUCCAAAGGUUGUUUGCUCCUUUGCAAAACACAGUCCAGAGCCACCCCCAGACCCGGUGGUGUUUGUUGCAACGGGUCUCCACACCCCCCCAGGCCAAAGGCAGCUCCCCAGGCCAUGCCGGGUAGCCUGUUAGUGCUUGAGAAACAGCCCUCACCGCCCAGUUUUUGCAGCCCUGAAAGAGGCAGUGGGACCAGGAGUGUUUGUCAACAACCCUGCAAGGAGCAACACACAGCGGCUGGAUCAUGCAUUUUUUGCGGGCACCUGGGCUGAAAUCCAGGAUGGAAAGCCAACCAGAAAAGGGGAAAUCGGACAGACCCUCCCCCCAAAAAACCCCCUCUGCCAGCUCCCCAGCUUUGGCAGUGUCUCCCCCCCCCCAGUCCCAAUUGCUUUUUGCAUUAAGACACUCUUGGAGGGGCGAAUACAGGGUGGGGAGGAUUUUUGCCGCCUCCUGUCCCCACAAAGACCAACUUCCCUUUCUCCCCCCUCUUUCUGAACCCUUUCCCAGUGCCUGAAAAGCCAAAAGCAUCCUAGACCGAAAAGCCCCACGUGGAGGGGCAGAGGCAAGGUUGCCCAAAAGCAGCUCUCGGCCUUUCCCAGCAUAGUUGAAGAAGCCAUUCCGGCCAUGCCAUUCCCUCUGCUCUGUCCCGUCCCCGGCGGAAGCUCAAUAAACUAUUUUCGU